AUGGUUGAACCUGAAACGCAUGAAGUUUAUGCUCAAAUUGAUUUGCUUUCAGAGCCAGAUCAACCUGAUGAUGAGUUAACUAGCGAUGAUACUCUCCCACCUGAACCUCCUACGGGAUGCGAAGUCCAGUCCUUCUCCAAGAUACUUGCACUUUCUGAAGUUGAUUCCCAUGGAGGGUUCUCUAUUCUUCAAAAAUAUGUAGAUGCUUGUUUUCCUCCGCUGUAUAUGUCCCCGGCCCGGGAGCGACCUUGCCAGCUUUUUGUUGCCAGAGAUCUUCAUGGCAGUGAAUGGCACUUUUGUCACAUUUAUCGAGGUCAACCCAGGCGUCAUUUGAUAACCACUGGAUGGAGUGAGUUUGCUCACUCAAAAAAAUUAGUGGCAGGCGAUUCCUUCAUCUUCUUAAGGGGAGAAAGUGGGGAGGUUCUUGUGGGGGUUAGGAGGCAUAUGAGACAACAGCCAAACAGGCCACCUUGUAUUGUAUCGUCGCAAAAUAUGCAUGUGGGAAUUCUUGCCACAGCUGCUCAUGCGAUUGCAACUGGAACUCCAUUUUCUGUCUUCUACAAGCCAAGGACAAGUCGGUUUGAGUUCAUUGUAAGGGUUAAUAAGUAUCUUAAAGCUCGAAACCACAAUCUAUCCAUUGGAACGAGGGUCAACAUGAGAUUUGAUUGUGAGAAAGAUCCAAAGCAAAGUUUCAAUGGCAUUAUUGUCGGUGUGGGAGAAAACUUCUCGUCACAGUGGUACAGUUCUGAAUGGAGAUCCUUUAAGGUCGAAUGGGAUGAUCUGGGUGCAAUUUUGCUUCCAUAUCGAGUGUCUUUUUGGGAAGUGGAGCCAAUUGUUGCAACUGCUCCUUCAAAUACUCGACCUACAAAUUGGACCAACAAGCGGUCACGACCAUCAUAUUUGACUUCAUUGAAUCCCGACCUUAAGGCCCUUGGCAUUUCGAAGACACCUAUUGAACCAUCUAGUCACGAGCAUCUUGAUUCAUGUGGAUCCUUAUACCAUUCACUUCUUCAAAAAUGUCGACUAACUCAGCUGGCUUCACUUCCAUCAUUUGCAGUUACUACCAAAUCAUCGAUUUCUUGGCCUAAACAACUGGAGGGUGUAGUCGAGUCCAUUUCCACAGUAGUUAAGAUAAUUUCUAGUGACCGGAAACAUGACUAA